GUGUUUUGGUGAUCAUCCGACUUCAUUUGAUAGCAUGGAUGAGCCAUUCCUGCCACCACUCACCCCACUCGAUCAGUACAUGGAAACUGAGGGUAAACUGGCCGCCUCUAUUCGUUGGCUGAUAUUACGUGUGUAUGGACAAGAGAAAGACAUACCGGACAAGCUUCGGCUUAGUGGCUUUCGUGACGAAAGAGGUCAUUUACAAUUAGACAUCGCCAUACUAACUGGUUUGACUAACGGCUCACUGUAUUGUCAAGCAGCAGCCAAAAUAUUCAAAGAACCACAUCUUCAAUCUCAUGGAGCGGUCAUAGCUGCGCUUACUGACUAUGGCGUCGAUGUGGUGCAAUGUAGCAAUGGGAAGUCGGCAAAUGUCACAGAAGCUGAGCUUUUUACAGCCGAUAGCUUCCAGAUGGCUGCUCAUCUGGCGAUGAUGGAUGCGUUGAUGUUGGCCCAUCUUCGUAAUGUAAUCACUGUGGAUCGCGUUAUCGAUGCUGUUAGCCGUCAUACGACCGUAGACGAGAGUGAACGACCUAUGGACUCAGUUGAUGCGCUUCUUUUCUGGAUUAACAAAGUUUGCCUUUUAGUGAGAGAUGAUGUUGAACGCUCGCAAAUACAGUUGAAAGGUGGUGCAGAAGGCGGUAUGAUACCCGAAAUGGAAGAUCUUUAUGACGAAAUUAGUGAUGGGCAGUGCCUUUGUGCGCUCGUUGCAUGGUAUCGCCCUAGGGAAAUGGAUCUCGAAGAGGUGUGCUACAAUGAUCAGAUGAGCACAGCGGAUUGUCACUACAAUUUGUUUCUUUUGCAGCGUUUUUGCCAUAACAACCUGCCGUGGAAUCCAUUUCACUUUGAAAUUGAAGAUAUUCUAUAUCUUCGUGAUUCUUUACAAAUGAAUAUUAAUGCUUUUCUUUCUGACUUAUUUGACAUCUUCGAACCUGCUCCAACUGUUGUGGUUCAACCUGAACCCAUGACUUCCCCUCGCCGUUUUGUUCCAAUCCAGCCUAUUCCGGACUUGCGAGCUGGUAAAUCAGUUGCACGUACUCCUCAAUCUCGAAGUGUAAGAACUCCAUUGAGCAGCGUACUAGUAACAUGUAGUGAAAGUGGAAGUGCGACUCUACCAUCUCGUUCCACGAGCAUGAUGAGUCAAGAUAGUCUAAUGACUAACAGAGUGCAAGACUCCCAUCUAACUAUUUCGCAACGACAAGCGUCAGAGCAGUGGGGAGCGAACAUUACAAACUUCGGUAGUCUGGCACAGCCCAAUGAGGGUAGUACCAUCAGCACGUCGGCAUCGGUAUCUCCAUAUGCGAGAAGUGAUUCGCUUCCAAUCGCAUCAAUCCGGCUUGCACUUGAGGAGAAAAGGCGGGACCAUGAGAAGAGGAAAGCUCUGAUAAAGUGGGGUAAACGAUUCCGUUUUUUCUUUCUGAAAUAUUUGUUCCCAAUAUGUAUAUUUAGCACGAUGACUGAGUCAGAACGCGCUGAAAAAGGCAAGGCUGCAUUUUUUGCCUUGAUGAGCAAGUACGAACCUGAUUCCACGAAUGCUGCAAAGUCCGAAUCUUCGGACGCGAAGCUUAUUCGGGAGUUGGAUCGCAAGCUGACAGAUCUUAUGCAACGAGUAACGCUUAUGAGUGGCUCUGAUGAACAACGUAUGAUUCGUGCAUUAUCGCAGCCAAAAAUGUCGCAGGUAGGUGCUACAUCAGCUCGAGCCGAAUAUGGAACAUUGCCGCAUAAUGUUGGCUCUAAUGCAAUGCCCAACUAUGCACAAUCGUUUUCUCAGCAGCAGAAACAAGAGUUUUAUGGAUAUGCACAACCUCACCAGCUACGUUCGAGUUUAUCAAAUGGAAUGCUGAACUAUUUGCCUGGUCAAGCACCACCGUAUGGUGAGUACCCCACUGGCCUCGUGCAGCCACAACAGAUGCAAACGCAGCCCAUGUAUCCACCAGAUAUGUACUCUUCGCCUUUGUCCGGUGCAUAUUCGCAGCAGUCGCGACAACCUGCCUAUGCAAUGAUGCAUCAGUCUGCUCAUGUCGCUAACGGGUUUACACUUCACCAGUCACCAAUGAUGGCACCAUCCGUCUCGAGCUAUUCAUCACCACAAUCUUAUGCACAAACACCGGUUGACACUCACAUUCCAUGCUCAUUUGCUGCCCAACCACAGACUCCAAUGUUACCGGCCGUAAUACCGCAACAACAUGGGCAGUCAUACUCUUCGUACCAGAGUGCACAAGUCGAGAAUCAACCACCGUUCGGUUACGAACCUCAAGAUGGAACAAUGACGUUUCGGCUGCAUAAUCAAGAUGCAGCAUCUAGUCGCGUUGAUCCUCCUCUUGAAAUAAAUCGAAAUCUCACAAAUUGGGGAAUGACGUAUCAGCAGGGUCAUACCGCUCGUCUACAGCGUAGAACAUGGGAAAAUCAGACGUUUAUCAAAAGUCAGCAAGAUCUUGUUAAUCAGCCAGAUCUAGUACCAACAGUUCCAAGCGAUGAUGUGCAUUUCAUUAACUUGUUUGAUCAUAUGGUUGUUCCAUCACAGCCGUCACCACCUCGCGAUCCGUCUAAUAACAUGAAUGAUGUAGCUUUAGAUUCUACAAGAAACGUGUCUUCUACCGGGCCAGCGUUUGUUGUAAGUGAUGAUCAAGCGGCGGAGGAUUUCGACAAAAUUGUUGACCAAAUAGAGCAGCGAAAUGCAGAGAAGAGAAUGGCUGAGAUAGCAAAACGGGAAAUGGCCGAACAACGAAAACUGGAAAAGGAGCUGCAGCGUCAGAAGAUUCUGGAUGACUACAAACGACGAAAAAUGGAGAAAGAAUUGGGUAUCGAAUCAGGUUCGACUUCUUCCCGAGGUUCUUCUGGACGUGGGCACUCGCAACCUCCUUUCAUCCGAGCUAAAUCUCAGCUUUCAGCUCACAAACUGUUUGCAAAAGCAGUACCCAAAUCAAAUCGUGGGUUAGUAAUCAAUGCACUGCAGUAUAGUGUGUUCCCUGGUGCUGUGAACGACGCAACGAGAGUCAAGACGAUGAACGACUUAUCAGCGUCGGAUGCAAAACAUUUCCUUGUACUCUUUCGUGAUAAUAAGUGUCAAUACAGAGGACUUUAUAGUUGGGACCAGGUCUCGGAUACGGUUAUCAAGAUCUCAGGGCAAGGUCCUUCGAAAUGCUCCGAGGGUAUCAUGAAGUUGAUGUUUAAGUAUGAUUCUGGUGCAAAGAACUUCACACAGAUACCCACAAGACAUCUCAGCGCAACCAUCGAUGGUUUCACCAUUCAGGAUCAAUUUUGGCAGAAACCAAAAGUUUCAAAUAGCGGUGCUGUUUCUCACAGAAACAAUUAG